UCCGCGCACUCGUUGAUAAGAGUUUUUUUUUCCACCUCUCUCUGGACUUUAAUCCGGUUGCUCUUCGUCUCCUGGACUCUGGUUGAAGCUCUGUCUCCUCUCACAGGGAGAAGAUGAUCUGCUGGAUCCUGCUGCUCAUCAAACUGACCUCCUGUGUCUGUGCAGGAACAUUUGUAGUGAAUGUGACACAGACCUCCUAUCAGGCAGAGGAGAACCACCACAUCACACUGGAGUGGACCUUCACCACCACAACUCACCGCUCUCUGGACUCUGUUUCUUUCCUCUGUGAACUGAUCCUUGAUCAGAGAGUCUCAACCCUGUACGAACUACAUGAUGGUGUUGAGUCUCAGGAUGAAGAGUUUUCAGGACGAGUCCAGUUUGACAAAGACGUCCUCAGAGAAGGACGAAUCAGACUUCAUGUGUCCAGACUCAGGACUGAGGACUCAGGCCGGUAUCAGUGUGGAGUUUUCACAAACUAUGGAAGAGGCUUUGUUGAAUGUCGACUCAACGUCACUGCAGCGAAGAAUUUAUCUGAACCUGAGGAACUAAACCCACCAAGUCAGGGAAGGAUCGGUCUCUAUGUUGGACUGGGACUGACAGCAGCAGCAGCUGUUGUUCUGACUGUUUGUUACUGUUUGUUCAGUCAUUGUCUGCCUAGAGAACAGGAUUUCUACUCAGAGUCCUGUGGUGGACUUGAGGAAAGUUACAGUUCAGUAGAUGGAUUAGAGGAAACGGGGGGCAUAGAAAAUCCUGGUUUCCAGGUCCUUUCCUUUGUCUUCUUCAGGAUGUGAUCAUGAUAUAAGAUCUAUAGUCCACAGCUGAUGAACAAUAAUGGACUUGAUGAUGUCCUGUUGAAAGGACACUUUGUUAAAUCAGACAGAUGUAAAAUGUGCACUGUGUUCACCAUAUUGAGAUUAUGCACCUCAUACACUGUGCCACAUGUAGCCAAUCUAUGCAUUGAAGAUCUGUGUGAUUAAUUCUUCAAAAUGAAAUAUGACAUAAAUACAUUAUAUUCUAUCUAACACACUCUUAACCGUUGCAUGAUGUAAUGAAAGUAUUCAGCCUGUUUGUGGUUGAAGUGUGUGCAGGACGCUGAUUGAUCCACUAGGUGUCACCGUUGUGCGGUAGGAACUGUCCUUCAGGUACAGGUGUUGCUACACGGAGGGACCGUGUGAACGCUGUGAUCGUGUUGGUGAAAUGUUUGGACGCUUCUAGAUUCUGUCCUUUAACGUCGAGACCAUGAAACGGUGAGCAAAAACCAACAGAUUUACAGUCACUGAGCCGGACUGUGCAGCCUCUCAGCGGCGUUAAAUUUAAGACGAGCCGCUAUAAAACAGUUCACUCGUGGUCAUUUGAAGUUCAUGUCCCUGGUGAGUACACACGUUAGCUCUGUAAUUAUUUUGAAUCAUUCAUUUUAAGUUCAUAUCUAAGUGGUUGUUUUAUGUUAUUAUAUUUUUGUAACGCUUUAGCUCCCUAUCGAUCGAGCAUAUUGUUUUGUGAGAGUGACGAUGGUUUAAUUUAAGUGUAUGCUUUCCUGCCAGGAAUAAACGGCCAGUGGCAACAGUGGUUUGGUCUCCGUUUGGUCAUAAUUAACACAACGCACGAACACUACCGCUACAUGAAGCAGUAUUAGUAAGAGUGUAAAUGACCUCAAAGACCAUCACUUAGAGAGAACGUCAUUCAGCUGGGGAUGCUGCACAGAUCAGACUACAGCUCCUCAGGGAGAGAUAACUGCAGAAAGUGACGGGAGGAGAGACGAAAGAGCAGAAUCCUAGAUGUCGAGUGAAAUAUCAUGUGGUCUUUAAAGUGUUGUUGUUAGACAAUCUGAGAUUUCUGAAGUCUGUGAGAAUCUUUUCCCUCAGCUGCCACACUAAUACAUACAUAAAUCAUUUGGAUAGCCUCUUUCCUGGUGCAUUGCUGUUACACCUGUGUAUAUAUUGAUCAGAUGCGCCAUCUUGUUGACAUCUAGAGUCACUUUUCUGAAUCUCUCUCACUCCUGUUGGCUCCAGUUGGUGUCUUUACAGUCAGUGUUUGGUUUUGCUAUGAGCUCAAAGCAGAGAAAAGUUUAUUGUGGUGACAGAAUAACAGACCAAUAUGGUAAUGUUGUGCAGCUGAGGAUUUGAAGCUGAUUUAUCACAGAGAUGUUGAUGAAAAGUUCCAGACACACCUACAGGUCUAUAAUGAUGAUACUGUGUCAGUUUUCCCUGUAGGCAACACUGACCAUUGCUGUUUUUUUUCUGUUUUUAUUCUGCUGUUAUUGUGGUUUGCACUGCUGUUGAAAAUUCAGCAACCAUUUUUUGCUUUUUUGUUUGUUUUGUUUUAUGGGCUAAUAUCCCCUAUUGUUGUUGUCAAGGAGUCCUUAUUGAUUAACAUUCAAUAUAUGAUCAGCUGAGGCUGAUUUAGGGACGUGAAGCUAGUUGACAGGCAAAAUGCAAACAUUUUCCAACCACACUGUAGACAAAGAGUCAGCAUAAAUGUGGCAGGAUUCCUGGCUUUCUUGCCAGUUUCUAUAGUGCCCAGCUGAUAUGUUGCUGCUUGGACUUAACAUCUCUGGAGGAUCCUAGCAAAUUUAUUGGUAAUUCUAGGUGUUUGCAGGAGGGGAUGGAUGAGACAUGGGGAUAUGAGGUCUCAGAGAAUCUUUCUACAAGAUGAACUUGAUUAUAUGGUUACCAAACUUUUAACAGUAGGAUUUAAGAUUUUCAUUGAUUUGAAAUUGAUAUUUAUUUUUGGUUGUUCCGGUAGUCACAUGUCAAACUGCUUACAAUUUGGAUUCAAGACUAGGCAACUUCCGUAUCCGUUUCUUUUAUGACAGAUCUCUACAGCCUCCAGUAAGUACAGCUUAAUUCAUACAAAACGUGCUUAUUAUUUACAGGUUAGUUUAACUGUGGGCAUAAAGGAUUGUUUCCUGUUGAGUACCUGUGGUGUUUGUCCCAUAUGCAACCUGGAUUUAUUUUUCGAGUGUUGAACAAUUUGUGAGUUUCACACCACGCUACGUUUUUGCUUCAGCUCAGCUAUAUUGUGUAGAGAACUAGCCCUCCUCGCUUCCAAUUUCAACAUCAUCCUCUUGCCAAAGGUCUUUGUCUUCAAUGGCACUCAGACCCGAGACCCAAAGGAAACAACUAAAGGUAGGUCACCAAUAUAAACUGUUACCAUGGUUACCUACAGAAAAAGCUGAAAUAAUACAGUAACAAAAGU